AUGCGUCCUUUCUCCGAUUACUUCCCUACAUGCCGGGAAGUUCAAACGGAUCAGUAUUUCUACGAUCUUUCGGUUUCUAAUUGUCAAGACGGUUCAUGUCUUCGAAAUAUCAAGAGGCACGCAGGCAGCUGGACGACGGCUAAGGGCAGAAAAAUAGAUAAUUCAUUAGACUUUGAUACUCCUGCUGCUAAGCGCAGACGUCAAAUAGUGGAGGAAAAAUUAGCAAGUUAG